AUGGCAGGAACACUGGGGGUCGUCUUCGUGCACACUCUGGACGCCGGCGCUGGCCUCAGGGCGUGGAUCGGUUUCGAGAUCCUGACGGGCAUGGGCGUACGUCUUGCCCUGCAGGUACCCACGAUCGAGAAUCAGGCGGCAGUGACCUCGUUGACGUUGGUCUGCGAGAACGUGGGGGCCUGCCUCUCCAUCGCCGUGACUGAAGCAGCCUUCACCCACGGGUUGUUCUCAGCACUGGGGCACCACGAUCCCCAGAUGAAGCCUGAGACGGUGGUCAAUACGGGAGCAACCGAAAUUCGGCGGUUGUUUGGCAAGAAGCUCAUUCAGGGGAUCCUGAUGUCGUACCUGCAAGGCUGCAAGGACAGUCACCUGGUGCCGAUGGCGUGCGGAUCAGCUGCCACACUGGUGUCGAUGGUGGUCGCAAUGCCGUCAAGCUGCCAGCUCUUCUCCUCCCUGGACGGAGUUUUAGCCUUGAGUCGGGACAUCACGCCUCUGCCGAGCGUUUCGACCUCGCGGACAACGACCCGGCACGCGUCCAUAAUCCCCGAGGAUGCCCUGGACCAGGAGAGCAUCCGGCGCAUCUGUGAGAAGAUCGACGCAAAACUGACUGCCGUGGAAUGUCACGACGGGUACCAGUCAACACAAUAUCCAUUUACUUAUGGAUACUCAUACGCGCUUCCUGCCAGCGGAAUUGAUCAUUCUCCAAUUCUGCGUUCGGACACCAUGCCACAGAUGUCCCAGACAAGCACGCGCCGCUCUGAGUCAAUUUCUGUUCCUCCCACCGUGAUUCAGGGAAGACCUGCCCUCAGUACCGUGAUAUCCUGGACUUCCAACGCGACGCGACGUGUUGAGUACGAGAAAAUCGACCGCGCACAUAGCGGGGUUAGGGGUUUCCUGCGCCGAGUCCUGCCCCGGUGUCUUCGAACCAAGGACGCCCGGAAGGGCUUCUUCACAGGCGAAUGUGACGGAGACAGCGUGAGGAGAUUUCGACUGGAUGUAAGCGAUGACGACAGUGACGCAGGCCACCAGGAAGAACGGGAGAGUAACUGCAAAUUCCCCGAUGGUACCGAGUAUGAAGGUGAGAAGGGUGUUCCCAGCGUGGAAACGGAAGUGGCAGCGGAAGAUCGAGACGCUCAGCGUUACAAAACCGGAGUCAGAGGUACCAAAGCUGGGGAAGAGGACAAGCCCAAAAAUCGAAGAUGGUCGUGCUUCAACUUAUAA